AUGUUAUUGAACGAUGAUGAGAAUGAGCAGUAUGAGGAGGAAAAAGAAGUACAGGAUAGCCCGCAACACAGUAAAUAUGCUUCCACUGAUAAAGAGUUAUACGAUCUUUAUCAAAGCCUAGAAAAUGAUGCGAAUUUUAUGGAUUAA